AAAGGACACUAGGAUAGCUAGCCUUCUUGUGAAAAGGAGAGUUUAUCAAACUUAAAUGUUCUCCUCAAGAUAACAGCUAUACAUUUUAACAAGGGAAAAUAAUUAAUCUAAACAGAGCGUCAAUAUUAGUGGUAUCGUAUAUUUCUAUAUUCUACCAUAGACAAGACUAGGAAUACACGUGUGAGAGCAAUAUCAAAGCAUCUGGGAUUCUUUCUCAAAGCGACACCGGAUUUUUCACAGCAGCAGUUCAGGGCCAGGAUAUUCUAGCAGAGAACCCAGCUGUAGCACCUCAAGAACCAUUCACAGAUCAGACAUCUGGCUUUUGGUCAAGGCAGUGGGCAGCGCAUUGGAUCUAUACUAUACUCCCCGUUAACAACGCCCACUAGACAACAACAUCGUCAUCACCAUAUUACCAUUACCACCACCAAGUCGUUAACAGCAUCACCACUAUCAUCAUACAGCAAGAUGGAAAUUCACAGAAAACUUGUUCUCCUGGAAUUUAUAUGCUGCUUAUUAUUCACUGAUUUUCCCUUACUGGGAUAGAGCCGGACGUGAUGUUCGGGUUCUCAGUGGCUGAACAUGUGGACGACGCCAACAAUGUUAAAUGGCUGUUGAUCGGCGCUCCCAAGUCCCAGACCAACCAGCCGGGAGUUAAGAAGGGUGGCGCUGUGUACAUGUGUAACCCCAUGGACAAUAGAUCCUGUCAAACAAUACCCUUUGAUACGCAGGGAGCUGACACAAGUUGGAAUGGAACAGCAGACGUCCCCUCCGAGUCCAAGUCAGGACAGUGGUUCGGAGCUACAGUUAGGAGCUCACAGGACGGCAGACAUAUUGUGGCGUGUGCGCCGCGGUAUGUCUACUUCUCGCGUGGUUUAGACAAACGAGAACCUGUGGGCACGUGCUACGUUGCCAGCAACAAUGCCACGCGGUUUAUUGAAUAUUCGCCAUGCCGAACAUCCGUGGACUUCCUGACGAGUACCGUAGAUCAGUAUCACAAGCAGGGGUUCUGCAUGCAAGGCUGGUCUGCCUCUCUUGGGGAUGAUGGAGAAAGGCUGUUGGUUGGUGCUGUCGGAGCCUACUACUGGCAAGGCCAGCUCUUUUCUAUAAAUCUGAACGACCGAAGAGACAUGCCAAAAACAAGUGAAGGGUCAGAGGAAUACGAUGACAGUUAUUUAGGUUACUCCAGUGCUACAGGUGAAUUCACGGGAGACAAUGAUCCUGACUUCGUGGCAGGUGUACCCAGAGGCAAUAAACUACUGGGCCAGGUUUCUGUAUAUGACAAGACUCUAUUUAACCGUGCUAACAUCAGUGGAGAGCAGCUUGGUGCUUACUUUGGUGCUUCAGUGGCCGUGGAUGAUUUUAAUAAUGAUGGAUUAGAUGACAUUGCUGUUGGAGCCCCUUUCUACACAGACUAUACAGCAGGCAGCGACAACUUUGAGAUUGGAAGAGUUUACAUCUUUUACCAAGAUGCCGAGCACAGAUUUCUAGCUGCCAAGAACACCACUCUAAGUGGAAUGAGAAGCCGCAGUCGGUUUGGUUCAGCGCUGGCUAAACUGGGGAACAUCAAUGUGGAUGACUAUAAUGAUUUGUUAGUUGGUGCCCCCUAUGAUGGUCCAGAUGGUAGGGGAGCAGUGUACAUAUACCAUGGCUCUAAUAAAGGGAUCAGACCACAGUUUUCACAGGCUAUCUUUGCCAAGGAUCUAAGCCCCCAGUUGUCAUCCUUUGGGUUUGCUAUCUCUGGUGGCCAUGAUAUGGACGGCAAUUACUACCCUGAUGUUUUGAUCGGUUCAUACACAUCAGGAAAUGCCAUAUUUCUCAGGUCACGUCCUAUAAUCCAUGUGCUGACCACCCUAGCUAUAGACCCACAGUCAGUGAACCUAGACAGAAAGCUUUGUCACCCUGACGAUGCUCCGGAGAAAAGUUUCACCUGCAUAACCACUGAAACCUGUCUCAAGUAUUAUGGUGUUGGUGCCCCAGAGAGCAUAGAGCUCUCAGUGAAAUUAGUGAUGGAUUCCGACUUCCCCUUGAACCCUCGUGUGAGACUUUCAAACAGUCCUCAACCUUCUGAGACUUUCAGUAUGAUACUUCGCAGAGAGGAGAAGACAUGUAAAAGGACGUUAGGUUACAUGAAGGACAAUAUCCGUAAUAAGUUGUCCCCUAUAACUAUAACCAUGGAGUACAAAUUGAUGGAGCCUACAGUGGUGCCCCCUGGGGAGUUGCUGCCUAUACUAGAUCAAUACAUUCCCUCCUUUGUGUCCACUGAGGCGCGUAUCCAGACCAACUGUGGGCCAGACGAGAUCUGCAUUCCAGAUCUUAGGAUCAAGGCAGUGGGCGCCCCACACACUAUUGGCAGCAAUAGAAAAAUUGAGAUAGAUGUCGCUGUAGUCAACAGUGGGGAAGACGCCUACGAGUCAACUCUGUAUGUCAAACUGCCCUUUGGCAUCAGCUAUACCAAUACACAGGGAAUAACUGGGGCAUCCCCAGUGAGCUGUGAACAGAGAGCUGUGGAGGAGGAAGGAGAGUAUGUGGUGUGUGAUGUGGGAAACCCACUGCAGCAGAAAACACAGGUUGACUUCAAACUGAGGCUGUCUGCUGAUGAUGUGACAGACGUCUCCAGUUUCCUUCAGUUCCAGCUUACAGUGAACAGCACUAACCCAGAGAACAGAACAGAUCUUGCAGACAACCAGAUAGAUGUCCAUGUGCCUGUUCUGGUUGUAGCUAACAUUGGGGUAACUGGGGUGUCAGUUCCGGAGCAGCUGGUGUACAACAGCACAUACAGUGAGGAGAUAGUUACAGAGUCAGAGAUAGGACCACAGGUUAUACACAAAUAUCAGGUAUACAACAAUGGACCCAGUUCAGUAAACAAAACUGUGGUAGAGAUCACAUGGCCUAGUUACAACAUGGAUGGGUCCCCCCUGCUGUAUCUGAUGGAGACCCCCAAGCUGCUGUCUGGUACGGGGUUUUGUACUGCAGAGGAUGUCAAUGUCAGGCAGAUACAGCUUGAGCCAGAAGAUGUGGUGGUGGAGGCAGUGAUAACAGAAGAUCAGACACUGAAGAUAAGGAGGAGGAGAGAAGAUGAUGUACAGUCUCCACAACCCACUACUAAUACACUGAUGCAACAGAACUGUCCCACUGGUCACUGUAGUAAAUUGGUGUGUACACUGGGUCUACUGAACUCCGGCCAUGUGGCUCUCAUCCAGAUCAGAGCAAGACUCUGGGUAGAGAGCAUUGUCAAGGGAAGUGUCAAUACUGCUCUCAUACCAUCAGUUGUCAAGGCAACCGUACAGGAUGUACCUUACGGUGCCAAGCCUGUCACCUACUCUACCGCAGAAUUUACUGUCCACACUAAUAUAAACCCAGAAACACCAGAUGUAGGUUUGAGGCCAAUCCCCAUCUGGAUCUAUAUAGUGGCAGCCAUUGGAGGCCUGCUGCUGCUUAUACUGCUGAUCCUCAUACUGUGGAAGUGUGGGUUCUUCAAGAGGAAAAGGUACCAAGAGAUGGAUGAGGAGUACGAGGAGACAAGGAAGCCACUUAACGCAACUAAAAAUGGGGCCGCAGUGGAAUAGUGGACCAAUGGAAACUGUGAUACAGUAGACAUAAUAGAGAGAAAGAAUAGCUAAUGGGUGAUGUCAUUUUAUUGGGAUGAUCCCUCAUUAAAUUUUAGUGAAACUGGUAGAAAUAUUUCCCAAAACAAUUUUUUGUAUCAUAUUAAUGAUUCAGCUUUGAAAGUGAGUUGGGCUGGAAAGAAAAAUUAAUGAAAUAUUGGAAAAAAGGAAAGGCAUGAGAAUUUCCUGGGUAUAGUUGCUAUAGAAUAGAGAUAACCAGAGCCUUGGAAAAGCGUUUACAGGUGCAAUAUGAUGUUUCAAGAUUAAAGCAAGUGUCUUGAUUAUGCUUUGAAUUUAAAGCUCCUGGUGAUAAUGUUAUAAGGUAAGGAAGAUUCUUUACCACAUAAUUAAAACUUCAGGCAUCUUUUUUUAAGAUGGAAUUAUACAUAACACCUCAGUGUCAAACAACAAACAAUAUUAUACAAGGAUACAACCCUUCAUCUUUACUUGAAGUUCUAAAGAAUUCUAAAAGACACUGCUUUAACCAAGAGUGAUUUUUUAAAUCUCAGUAGCUAGGACAGUUGUCUCUAAACUGUCUAAAGAUAGAUGAUAUAGAGCUGGCAAGCUCAGAAACGGUAUUUAAAGCAUUUCUAUGUGAUCUCAAAUAUUUAGACACAGUAUAGUCUGUAGAAGAAUUUCAUAUACUCUUCUGUUAAUUAAUUUCAUUUUAGAUAUAAUUCCAUAUGGUAUUUUUUAUCUCUUGCAUGUUAUAUACUUUGCUUCAUUAGAUGUCGUUUUGUUUCCAUUAUAUUUUGUUUCCAUAUAUUAUCUUGCUUUAGUGUUUCUUACUGAUAGUGCAUAAUUAUGUAGAAUAAUUUAAUUAACAAUUUAUUAAGAUGUAGGUAUAGAAUAUACUGUAACUGUGCAUCAAAUUGUUGCUGAAAAAAAAA